AUGGAAAAUGAGUGUAUUCCUGAGCCGCGGCUCUGCGGGCGGCGGAGCGAGAGCGAAACGGGCAGCGCCCGCCCCCCGCGGCACCGGCCCGCCUCCCUCGGCACCGGCACCGGCACCGGGAACGGCCCAGCCUCCCUCGGCACCGGCACCGGCACCGGCUACAGCCCAGCCUCCCUCGGCACCGGGAACGGCACCGGGAACGGCACCGGGAGCAGCCCAGCCUCCCUCGGCACCGGCACCGGGAACGGCACCGGGAGCAGCCCAGCCUCCCUCGGCACCGGGAACGGGAACAGCCCAGCCUUCCUCCCCCGCCCAGCCUUCCCCGGCACCAGGAACGGCACCGUCAACGGCAACGGCUCCGGGUAUAGCCCAGCCUCUCCUGGCACCGGGGAUUGCACCGGGAACAGCACGGGGAACGGCAUCGGGAACGGCCCUGACACGAUACCAGUACAGAACUGGGAACGGCACCGGGAACAGCCCAGCCUGCCCCGGCACGGAACCGGGAACAGCCCUGACACGGCACCGGUACAGAACCGGGGAUGGCACCGGUACAGAACCGGGGAUAGCACCGGGAGCGGCCCAGCCGCCCGCAGCACCGGCACGGCGCUGACACGGACCGGACCCGCCUCCCGCAGUACCGGGUACAGCCCCCGGUACGGCCCAGACACGGCUCCGGUACGGCCCAGACACGGCUCCGGUACGGCCCAGACACGGCUCCGGUCCGCCGCCCGUACAGCGGCACAGAACCGGACCGGCUGCCGUACACCGGCCACGGAACUGACACGGAACUGA